AGUCUGGGGUUUCCUUGCGAGGUUUCGAGGAAGGAAGCCGAGCCAGUCCGGACGGCCGCGUAUAAAAGGAGGAUGACGAGCCUCGAAAUCACACUAACAUCCCGCGCUUUCGACAUGAAGGGUCUCGGAGUCAUUCUGUGCUGCGUCUUCGCGGUGGUUUCAGCCCACGGAGGUAGACCAGGAGCUAGACCUGGAGGCUUCCCUGCUGGAGUCCCCGGAGGCUUCCCUGGCGGAGUUCCUGGAGGAUUCCCUGGCGGAGUUCCUGGAGGAUUCCCUGCUCCACAUCCCGGAGGCUUCCCUAGCGCCACAGCCCCACCUGCCACCUGUAGGCGCUGGUGCCGAACUCCAGAGGAUGCUGUCUACUGCUGCGAGUCCAAGUAUGAACCCGAGGCGCCCGUCGGCACCAAGCCACUUGACUGCCCACGAGUCCGUGACACCUGCCCACCGGUACGUUUCGGUGGACUAGCACCAGUAACUUGCUCCAGUGACUACAAGUGCGGCGGCAUUGACAAGUGUUGCUUCGACAGGUGUCUCAAAGAACACGUGUGCAAGCCGCCUUCCUUCUAUAGCCAAUUCGCUUGGAUAAGCUUAGUGUAUUUCACUGAAGAUAAAGAGAUCAACAGUGAAUUCAAGCAGCACCUGGCGGUGGUUUCAGCCCACGGAGGUAGACCAGGAGCUAGACCUGGAGGCUUCCCUGCUGGAGUCCCCGGAGGCUUCCCUGGCGGAGUUCCUGGAGAAUUCCCUGCUCCACAUCUCGGAGGCUUUCUUAGCGUCACAGCCCCACCCGCCACCUGCAGGCGCUGGUGCCGAACUCCAGAGGAUGCUGUCUACUGCUGCGAGUCCAAGUAUGAACCCGAGGCGCCCGUCGGCACCAAGCCACUUGACUGCCCACGAGUCCGUGCCUGCCCACCGGUACGUUUCGGUGGACUAGCACCAGUCACCUGCUCCAGCGACUUAAAGUGCGGUGGCCUUGAUAAGUGUUGCUUCGACAGGUGUCUCAAAGAACACGUGUGCAAACCGCCUUCCUUCUACAGCCACUUCGCUUGAAAAGGAAAAUUUAACGUAUUUAUUGAUUCGUGUAGUGUCCAUGACUAAUAAAUGUUUAUAUAAGCCUAAUUAUAUUAUUAUGAUUGUGAAUAAGCGAUAAUAUACAUGUUUAUAUUAAUUUU